AUGGCUACCAAGCACAACGCCGUCGGAAUUGAUCUCGGCACCACCUACUCAUGCGUCGGUGUCUUCAUGCACGGCAAGGUCGAGAUCAUCGCCAAUGAUCAAGGAAACCGCACCACUCCCUCGUAUGUGGCCUUCACCGACAGCGAGCGCCUCAUCGGAGAUGCCGCCAAGAACCAGGUCGCCAUGAACCCGCACAACACAGUCUUCGACGCCAAGCGAUUGAUUGGCCGCAAGUUCGAAGACUCUGCCGUCCAGUCCGACAUGAAGCACUGGCCCUUCAAGGUCGUCUCCGCUGAAGGCGGAAAGCCCAAGAUCGAGGUCGACUACAAGGGCGAGACCAAGACCUUCACCCCUGAAGAGAUCUCCUCCAUGCGUCAAGCCACCAAGGAUGCUGGAGCCAUCGCUGGCCUCAACGUGCUCCGAAUUAUCAACGAGCCCACGGCUGCCGCCAUCGCCUAUGGACUUGACAAGAAGGCCAGCGGCGAGCGCAACGUCCUCAUCUUCGAUCUUGGCGGCGGCACUUUCGAUGUGUCCAUCCUCACCAUUGAGGACGGAAUCUUCGAAGUCAAGUCGACUGCCGGAGACACUCAUCUUGGAGGAGAAGACUUCGACAACCGCAUGGUCAACCACUUCAUCGCCGAGUUCAAGCGCAAGCACAAGAAGGACCUUGCCUCCAAUGCCCGCGCUCUCCGCCGUCUGCGCACUGCUUGCGAGCGCGCUAAGAGGACCCUCUCUUCGUCGUCGCAGGCCUCGAUCGAGAUCGAUUCUCUCUACGAGGGUAUCGACUUCUACACCAACAUCACUCGUGCCCGUUUCGAGGAGCUGUGCGCCGAUCUCUUCCGCUCUACCAUGGACCCCGUCGAGAAGUCGUCCCGUGACGCCAAGAUGGACAAGUCGUCCGUCCACGACAUCGUCCUCGUCGGAGGAUCAACCCGUAUCCCGAAGGUCCAGAAGCUCCUCUCGGACUUCUUCUCCGGCAAGGAGCUCAGCAAGUCUAUCAACCCCGAUGAGGCUGUCGCUUACGGAGCUGCCGUCCAGGCCGCCAUCCUCUCCGGAGACAAGUCCGAGACCGUGCAGGAUCUUCUCCUCCUCGACGUUGCCCCGCUCUCGCUCG